AUGCGUCUCUUCAUAUCGUUAGCCCUAGUUGGUCUAUCUUCAACCAAACCGGCCUGGGCAUCCCUCGGCGACAGGGCUACUGAUGUCCCGCCAUAUGUCUUUAAAUAUGCACCGUUGGUCUGGCUCCAUAGCCAGGAAACAUACAUGCCGAGCGAUAUUCAACAGCAGCUCGAUCACACCAGACCCAAUGUCAACUGGACGGCGAUCGAGGGAGUGGAAUCCCCCCUGACCCUCAACAACCUCGACACUCUCAAUUCAAUGGGUAAUACGAGCGUCUACCUAACCUCCCUAGAGGGCAUCGAAGCCAACCCAGAGCCAGCUUGGUUCCGAGGGAUCAGACCGGACGCCCAGGGACGAACAGUUGACGGUACAUCGAGUGUUCUCAUCAUCGCAGACCGUGGCAACGGAACCGUUGAUGCGUUCUACUUCUACUUCUAUGCAUUCAACAAAGGCGGUAAAGUCCUAGGCCUGGAAUUCGGCGACCACAUCGGAGACUGGGAACAUAACAUGAUCCGCUUCGUCAACGGCACACCCGACGCAAUAUGGUACAGCCAGCAUGCUAGCGGGCAGGCAUUCACCUACGACGCCGUCGAGAAGAAGGACAAGCGGCCAUAUGUGUACUCUGCAGUGGGUACGCAUGCAAGCUAUGCAAUUCCAGGAAAACACGACCACACCUUCCCGGGCUUCAACCUGCCUGCAGGGUUUCUGUUGGACUAUACGGACCGUGGCAUGCUGUGGGAUCCCAUGCUCAAUGUAUACACUUAUACCUAUGACGGAACAACAGCUGCGUUCCAGGCGGUGGACUCCAAAGAUCCUGUGGCGUGGUUGGGGUUCAAUGGGAGAUGGGGUGACGACCAGCCGCCUAAUGAGCCUACGCUCUUCGGUGAGGCUAAGAAUGUUGCUGGUCCUAAUGGUCCUAGGUUCAAGAGUUUGGAUAGACAGCUGGUGUGUCCUUCUAAGCCGUGCUUUGUGCUUCCGUUCAGGACUUUCUCCGUGGAUGCGGCUUAA